AUGAGACGAUUUUACAGAUUAACAUGUGACUCGCUGUUGAGGCGUGUGGCUUUGCGCGGUCUGACGAAUGCAUCAUCGAAGACGCCUCCUCCGCCAGGAAUGAUUUCUGCGACUUCCACGCAGGCUUUCCCAUCCGCCACUCUGGCUGAAGCGGGCGAAUCGGGGAAGACUGUAUUGAUUUCAGAUGUAUCCGCUGAUCUUCAGUUUCUGCAAAAGCGAUGGGAGAGGGAAUUUCGUGUGUGCAUCUACAGUGGCCCGACAGCCGUCAUCGAGGUAGGGACAGCUGAUACACAAACCUGGACGCCUUUAGUCACUGUAGAUGCAGCUAGACUGCCGUGGGACCUCGUAAGAACGGUGGAAAAUACCUUGGCACCUUCUCCCAAUUCUGCUACUGCUGCUGCUGUUGCUAAUGACAAUGUCGGGGGGCAAGGCUUGACUGUCGUGGACCUGCGUGAUCGAGCCGAAGACACCGCUGUGGCACAGCAAAUAGUGGCAGAGCGAUAUCCAAGACUGCGGCUGCAUGUGGACCAUUCCAAAGGAACGGACCUUCAGGGAACGGUGACACACACGGUUUCGGUGGCACUCCAACAUCGUGACGCAGACGAAAAUCUCUCUGAAGAAGAGAGAAAGGCGAAGGAGUCCUUCUUUGGAGAGUCUAUUGGUUCUAGUUUCAGUUGCACAGCGCGGCGGGCACUUCGUGAGGCGUUUGACGCGACUGGCUUGCCGCCCCCUCCGCGGCAAUUGGAGCGCGACCGAGUGAGCAGCGAGAUGGAGACCUUCUUGGAUGUAGUUAGGAACGCUACAAGCGAGGAAGUCGGCGUCAUUCCACUCUUGCUCGAGGAUGAUCAAGUGAGGGUAGCUGUGCAGUCAGGUAACGGGCGCCAGAUAAGCGCAUUGCAUGGACGGCGUGAGGAUGCCUUGUCGAUUCUUCUCGCAUGUGUGGAGAGGGCGGCGGAGAAUGUGAACAGUAUCGCCACCGAGGAGGCACGAAAGCGCAUAGCGGACCAUCCAGUUGUCCUGGCCCUGCCGCUUAAAGGGCUUCGCCCCAAGGAGAUUCUGCGCCGAUUGCUGCUUCACAAAUACGGGCUGACAGAGAAGCGGGUCCGCAUCGUGACUUCGCAGCUGAGCGGCGGUACGUUCACCACAACCGUUGAUGCGGAGCUGCAGUGGUCCGAGCAGCUGUGCGCUGGGCCGAGCGUUGCCGUCACACUCGCAAGGUCGGCAGGUAUGAGCAAAAAGGCCGCAGAGGAGCUUGCCUGCAUAACGGCAGUGCAGCGCUGCUUCCCACGCAUUUUUGAAGAGCAGCUCUCUUACCACACAGAGGUGCGGGAAGUUAUGAAUUCUAAAAGAGCUACAAACCGGGAUUCCAUUUGCCCUCACGUGUCGAAGGGUCUGCUGGUACAGCUGCGGUGGGCUGCUCAGUGCCAAGGGAAGCAGGUCCUUCUCGAUGCCCUGCAGUUGCUCCCGAACUCUGAAAACGAGGCUCUUGGGAUACGAACGACGAGAGCGCUCUGGGCGACGCAGCUCUUUCUUGUGGAUGAGAAGGGCGCCCGUGAGUUUAUCUGCAUGGCGCUGGACCCGAAGAAAUCUAGGAGUGAGCAGAAGGCGGUCGCCGCAACUCUUUGGAAAUGCUAUAAAGAACAGUGUGCCGACGGCAUAGACUACGCGAUGGACAAUGGGCUCAUUGAUAAGAACGGCGACGUUGCCUCCUGUGAGGGAAUAUCAUCGUCGGAACCGCUGCCGAAGAGUACCUAUGAUCUGGCGGCUGAAUUUGAUCCGUUUAUUCCAAAUUUGCAACUACUACCGUCCCAGCCUAUUUAUGUUCCUUAUCGGCAAUCGCUACUGAGUCUGUUCCGUCGAGGCGCUCAGUUGUAUGUGGAACUUUUAAAUGAGAGAUGCGUGAAUGACGGAGACUGCAUCUCGAAUGACAUCAACAACAGUACUACCAGACAGUUGGUUGAAAAUACGGAGAGGAUCACGGCAGACGGCUCAUUCAGAACGCAGCUGGUCAUCAAAACAAGAACAGGGGAUGGUGGUAGCGAUGAAGAGGCGCUACUGGGGGAGGCGGCCCAUUCAUCGACAGCCAUUGCUUCCAUAUUCGGUGCCUUGAAGAGUCUGUUUGAGGAAGGGGGUGUCAUUGCAAAUGCAUCCAAGGGAGACCGUCAAGUACAAGAGAUCUACAGGGAUACGUGGGAACGUGUGACUGCCCUACCUCCGUUCCCAAUGGAGCUAUCUGCACCAACGCCAUUGGAGACUACUGCUCAGUGCGUGAUGAUGAAAUAUGGUUUGCUUUCGGAGCUACACAUUUCCGGUGGUGGCAAGAUUGUCAAUGUGCAGCUGUUGGGCCGGAGCCCUGCUUCGGUUGGUACUGACAUGCUGCACACCCGACCACAAUUUUUUCUGGGGCAUGGUCGAGGGAGCUCUAUUUUAAAAGCCGUUGUGUCGUGUUGCAGGCGCAUCUUCAACACACACUUUCAACCUGAGAUGGAUGCUGUUGGUCGUGACGUCGCCAUUUCGAGUGCUUUGAAAUCCGGACAGGUGCAGGUGCUACUUCGUGGGACUUCCAUUCUCGCGCAGCGGGCAGCAGAUGUACUGAGAGAGCUCACGGAAAAUAAGGCUGUGUCAGCGGCAGCGUCCAUGUGCGUCAAGAUGGACAUUCGAUUGCUAUCAUCGGAGGUGGUGUACGAGGGUCAACUGCAUGUUGUGGAUGGGACAAAGGUGGUUGAACUGGAGCGGACGCCUCCGCUACCAGAUUUGAUGAUUUCCCUGCGUCAUUUGACAGAGAGCGUCGCUCGUGAGGUGGGCGGCCCUCCUCUCGAUGUUGAUGCCAUGAGGCGACAGUACACUGGGACACUUCAGUACAACAGCUUGGAACAGCUACUCCGCGUGCUAUAUGGCCUCCCACUUGUCGAAGAGACGGUGCUAAAGGAUCAACACUGGCAUUGCCACCUUAGCGUGCACCUCUUCGACGAAUUCUAUUGCUCUAUCGGUCUCUCCGCCAGCACGAAGAAGAAGGAUGCGGUGGAGACAGCAGCAGCGAGGGCAAUGGAACACUGUUUCGGGUCGAUCACAAAAGGCGUGGAUCCACGGGUGCCACAGAUCACAACGGGGACGAUUUGCACAGAGAAAUACAUUGGGUUUGUUUACAGAAAAUCAAAUGACGCGAGCACACCCCGUCAGUAG